AUGAACUCGAUUCAAACUCUACUAUCUAACAUCGCAACGAAGUCAAAGUCAUGCAAAUUUCAAAAUCCAAUUCAAAAUGCCGAUUUGAAAGUAGUACCAAAAUCAACUUAUAGACAUAUAAUGAUUAAACCACCAAAGAAGAUUCACGGGUUGAAAAGUUUUCAAACUCACGUUCUACCAACAAAUCGAUCAGAAAUUAGAGGAAUAGAUGGAGCCAUACAUGUCGCAGUACAGUCAAAGUUUAGACCAAAGUUAUAUCAUCCAAUUCUUAACAAUGAAUUUAUCUCAAUACAAUUUUUCCCAAAAGAUCACAUAGUCAGUAAUUUUAGAAAAUCAUAUAUUUCCUUUUUCUUUACAAUGCAACAACUUCCACUAAUGAAUAGCCCAGUUUUAGAUACAGAAUUCAGGUCAUACCAAGGAAAACUACGAAAUUUACAAUUUUUCAAAACCAAAAGAAAACCAAUCCAGUCAGCAUGUGGAAGAACAAAACUUAAGAAAAAGUUUAGACAGCUUUUUAUUGAUGCAAUAAAAGAAACUAAUACAAGCAAGGGGAAAUUAGCAGGAGUUUAUGCAUUAUCAAUUAAAAAAGUUCCAGUUAAUGAAAUUGAAGAUCAAUUAGUAAGAGAAUCAUUUAAGAAAUUGCUUAAUAAAUUAAAUAAACCAAGAAAACCUACAGGAUCUAAGACGGUAAAACUUGGUGAAUUUUUCAAAAACGUUCAGUAUUCAUACAAGGUUGGUAAUAUGACAGAUAAUAGAGUCAGAUUUCCAUUUAUGAAAGGUUCGGAAUUAAAAGCAUAA